AUGAAAGUGCUUUCUUCUUUCCUCAGAGUAAAAGUGCUGAUACGGCUGAUGAAGGAUUUGAGAUGUCGGUUUCCUGGGUUUGAGCCUUUGACACCUUGGAUCAUUGACCUUCUGGGCCACUCCGCUGUAAUGAACAACCCAUCCAGGCAGCCACUGGCACUCAAUGUUGGCUUCAGGCGCUGCCUCCAGCUCCUUGCAGCAGGAUUGUUCCUGCCGGGAUCAGUUGGAAUUACAGACCCUUGUGAAAGUGGAAACUUCCGAGUGCAUACAGUGAUGACGCUGGAGCAGCAGGACACUGUGUGUUUCACGGCGCAGACCCUGGUCCGCAUCUUGUCUCACGGAGGCUACAGGAAAAUCCUCGGGUUAGAAGGAGACGCCAGCAGUCUAGCUGUGGAAAUGUCCACCUGGGAUGGAGUGAUAGUCACGCCCUCGGAGAAGGCUUAUGAGAAACCACCUGAGAAGAAGGAGGGAGAGGAAGAGGCCACAGAAGGAGCUGAGGAGGAGGAAGAGAAUAUGGAGACCGCAGAGUAAGGGCCUCUUGCUGUGAUGUUACUGAGUGGUACGUGCAAUGUCACUUUCACCCUUUAGUGUUAUCAUCAAGGU